AUAUGUGCGAGGAAGAUGGUUGCAAGCAGCGUGGGCCUGUUUUUACUGUCGCACAUCCUGCCGUGAUCUCACCGGGAGGAAGCGGAGGAGAAGAAUCCCUCCAUUCAGAUCCUGUGGUGGGAGGAACAGACCUGGAAUCAGCCAGAGCAGAGAGCUGUCUCCAGCAUGCAGCGUCACUCGUCUGAGGUGGCCCGUCUGUAUCAGACCGAGUUCAUCCGAAGCGCGCGGGCGGUGGGCGUGCUGUGGGCCAUCUGCACGCUCUGCUUUGCCAUUAUCGAGGUGGUCAUUCUCAUCCAGCCGUCAUGGGUGGGCACACGAGAGCUGCACUACCGAGGAGGGGGUCCGGCUCCUCCGACCGGGACGCUGGGCCUCUUUGAGGUCUGCACGGAGAUGGAUUGGCCUGUCCCAGAAUGCCGGGGGUCUCUUCGCACCCUGACUCCACUCCCAGCCUUCCAGUCUCCUGCUGUGCUGGUCUGCAUGUCUCUCACUAUGGUGUGGGCCAGCGUGGGCUGCCUGUGUCUGUUCAGAUUCUGCAAUGCAGCAACCGUCUAUAAGAUCUGUGCUUGGCUGCAGCUCACAGCAGGCUUCUGUUUGGCCCUGGCGUGUGUGUUGUUCCCAGACUCCUGGGCAUGUGCUGAGAUGCGGGCGCUGUGCGGGGACCGUGUGAGUAGUUUCUCCCCGGGGAACUGCUCUGUGCACUGGGCGUAUAUACUGGCCAUGCUGGGGGUGCUGGACGCCGGCAUACUGUCCACGCUGGCUUUUGUUUUGGGGAAUCGCCAAGAUGCUCUGCUGCCAGAAGAUGCCAAAGAUGGUGAUGUGACAGGCUUGUUACUGGCAGCAUAAAGCAGGCCUGAGCUGUUCUCAACGGUCAGAAACUGCUGGUGGCUGUUUCAUCACGUCGUUUGUGAACUUCUCUCUAAUGUCUAAUCUAAUGAUGACAUAAAACGUGUGAAGAGACGCUUCUCUCUUCCCCCGCAGCAUGAUGUCACCAUCCUGUGAAUUCUGCUUGCAUAACCUGUCUGCAUAGAAACAGUCACCUGGCAACAGUAUCCAAGUCCUUUCUCCCCUGACGGAGGAACAUUACUCUGAUCUUGUAAUGGCGGCUCUAAACAGAGAAGAGGAAAGGCCAUUUUCUUUAGUGCGUUUCCAAGUGGAGGUAUAGUCGAGGUCUCUGUGAUCACAGAUCACAUGUGGGUUUCAAUUAAAUGAUAUUUAGAGGAUUGACUGUGAUGUUUGAUUCCAUGUUCUAGAUGUUUUUGUGCAUGAAUUGAAGAUGAGGUCUGAAUUUAAAUGUAAUUAGAGAUUCAGCAUAAUAAUACUGUAAAUCUGUUUAGUUAGUUUUGUUUUUGGUCAGUAAAGUCUUAAUCGUUUAGAUUUACUGAUUUGAUCAUCUUUAAGCGAAAGGUAGCAAAUAACAGUGCUCAUAUUUAAGUCAGCACAAAAUAAAAAUUUGCCUUUUUAUUUUCUUAUCCAAAAUUUAAAU